AUGAGGGCUUUGCAAGUUUCCUAUUCUUUGCGUAAAGGAUUUCUUGGCAGGUCUGCUUCAGAAGACAAACACACUCCACAGCGACUGUGUCUCAGCUACCGUGUGUCGGACGGACAUCGGAUGCAUGUGAUCCUGUCUGGCCUCUUGUCUGACAAGAUCGUCGGUCUAGUUGUCAUGGUGGCAACAUGCAGGCAUUCACCUGUUCACGGCCAGCCUCGCGACCUCGCAGACGGUCGACGGCGCGGACUCUUGCACAAUGUCCUCCUGCUCAAGGCCAGGCCGGCGUGGAAGGUUCCAGACCCGACGUGA